GGUCGUGUUUCAGGCUGCGCUCACACAAAGUCUCGCGUGAAUUGGCCAGACCGCCUGUUAUCGUCAGCUAGCGUCAGUUCGCUGGUUCGAAGCCGUUGAACUUCGCUGCGAACAGAACCGAGCUUUUUGCUCCAAUUUUCCAGCAGAGACAACGUUUGGUUUAUGUUUAUGGGCCGGAACACAGCAGUGGACCUCCGAGUUUCCUGUUUUUACUUUCUGCUGUUUAUCGGGGCUGCCAACGGCUAACCCGACAGCAGCUAGCCCAUUAGCAUCUUUAGCUUCGGCUGCAGAGGAACCAGGAAGGAGGCGGCGGAGCUGCAGGCGUUUGGGCCCGAACCUUCCGCGGCUCCCCAGAACUCUCAUCCGGAUCAACAGAACCAGAACAUCUGCAGAAGGAGAAAGGACAGAAUUGACCCGGUCUGACUGCAGACAUGUCCAAGGUUCUGGAUUCUCCGUCCCGACCCAGAUCACGGUCCAGAUCCAGAUCCAGGUCCUACUCCAGGUCCAGGUCUCGAAGCCACUCCCGUUCCAGAUCCAGGAAGCGUCACUACAGCUCCCGGUCCCGUUCCCGCUCCCACUCCCCGGGCUACAGGAACUACCCGUCCCGGGACUACCAGGGCAACAACAGAGGCUUCCGGGGUUACAACCGCGGCUACCGUCGGCCGUACUACUACCGCGGCCGCAACCGUGGCUACUACCCGCGCGGCCACUACCAGAACCGAGGAAGAGGAGGUUACGGCUACAAGUCCAACUGGCAGGGCGGUGGCGGCGGUGGAGGCUGGCAUGACCGCCAGGAGCACCAUAGCCCCAGGAGGCCCUACUCGCGCUCCCGCACGCCCAAGAAACGCUCAGCAAGCCGCAGCCGCUCCCGCUACUCCGACCGCUCAUCCUCUGGCCGGUCCCGCCAGUCCCGCCACUCCAGCUACUCGUCCCGCUCCCGUUCCCGAUCUUCAUCCCGACGCCACGACAGCAAAAGCCGGAAGAAGUCCAAGGACUCUAAAGACAAGCAGCCGGAGAGUCAGCCAGAGAAAUCGGCAACAGCCGCCGACGGCACCGUCAUCGCCAAAACGUCUGGCGGGAAGUGGAUCGACUAUGAUGCCAGCCCCAAGCGGCGCAGUCCGGACUCCAAAAUGGAGGACACUUUGGACCUGGAGGCCAAAGGCAGCGGCGGUCAGAUGUGGAAGACUGUCGGCUCCGUUUCGCCUCCAGGAAAGAGCCCCUCCAAGUCCGGACAGACGGCCUCUUUCAGCGGCUUCGGCUUCUUCUCCAAGGACGACACCAAGGGAGACAGCACUGCGAUCUCCGCAGCUUUUAAGAAGUUCCUGGCUGAGAAGCAGCUGAAGAAACAAGCAGCUGAGAAGGAGAGCAGCAGGGAGAAGGACGCAGACCCCGAAAAAAGCUCCAAGUCCUCCGACAUAUUCAGCAUCUCUGCGUCUCCGUACGCUGAUCCUAAAGACGACAAGACUCUGCCCUUCUUUGACCCGGGGGAGGAGGAGUUCCUGGAGUCGCAGGGCCUGAAGGACCGGAUCAUCAACGAAGACGCCGAUGGCAAACCCGUCAUUACAGAGCGCGACAUCUUCGGCAAAUGGGGCGACGAGCCGAACUACUCAUCCUACCAGUCGGCCAAAGAGAAAGGCCGCAGAGAUGCAGAAGAAGAGGCUGUGGAUGAAGCAGAGGAAGAGCUGUACCGGAGCCGCAAACACUCAUCUAAGAAAGAGGAGAAGUCCAAGAAGAAGGAGAAGAAGGAGAAGGAAAAAUCCAAGAGGAGCCUGAGUCCUCCGAUGACAUCCAAGGAGAAGGAGCGGCCGCUGUUCCCCGGCGCGUUCCCCGCUCUGGAGCCGUCUCCUCCGCACCGCCUAUCCGCCUCCAGGGAGGAGUUCGAGCUGAAGAUGAGCUGCUUAGAGGAGACGGCCAGCUCGUCCGUGUCGAAGGAGCGCCUGGCGCAGCGCGACCUGCUGCUCUCCUCCAAGAAGGAUCCAGAGUUUCGCUCCAUCUUCCAGCACAUCCAGUCGGCCCAGCUGCGCCGCAGCCCGUCUGAGCUUUUCGCCCAGCACAUCGUCUCCAUCGUUCACUACAUCAAAGCUCAACACUUCCCCUCCUCAGACAUGACUUUAAGUGAGCGCUUUGCCAUGUACCAAAGAAAAGCUGCAGAGGCAGAAAUGAUGAAGCCAAGGAAGAGCCCAGAAAUCCACAGGAGAAUCGAUGUUUCCCCCAGUGCCUUUAAGAGGCACCCUCACCUGUUUGAGGAGGUGGACGAGUCGAGCUACAAGGACAAACGGUUCAAAGGAGACAUCAUGGACCUGCGGCUGGAUAUUGAAAGACGAAAGAGGUUUGCUGGGAAGGAGCGCGACUACAAACGGGACGGAGGCCGGAGCCCCGCAGGCUCCCGGGGGCCCAGCCACGAGCGCUCCUCCGACAAAUCUGGGAAGCACCACAAAAAGUCCAAGAAGAGUAAGAAGAAGCGUGACCGCUCUCCGUCCUCCUCUUCCUCCUCCUCCUCUCCGUCGCCUUACCCCCCCCCCUACAGAGGGAAGGAGUACCUGGCGGAGGGGGCGGAGCAUCUGGAGGAGGGCUAUGGCCCCCCGCGCUACCCGCCGCGGGACUACGGCGGCCCCGCCGACCGGGGGCCGCGGGACUACGAGGGCCACUUCCCAGACAGAGGAAGAGGCCGAGGAUUUUUUCCCAGGAUGAGAGGAAGAGGCUGGAACAGAGGGAAUUAUCCCGGGAACAGCAACGGAAACCCGGCCAACCUGAACGCUCCGGUGCGCCCCCCGGAGGAGGACUGGGACCCUGAGUACACCCCCAAGAGCAGGAAGUACUACCUGCACGACGAUCGUGACGGAGAGAAGACCUGGGUGGAGAGCCGGGGCCGGGGGCGGGGCUCCUUCCCGGCGCGGCGCGGCCGCUUCGUGUACCGUAAGGGUGGCGGCGGCGGCAGCCCGAAGUGGGCCCACGACAUGUUCCAGGGCGGCGAGGAGGGCGAGCUGCCGGACGACGCCAUGGAGGCGGAGCACAAGGAGCCCAAGGCGUCCGGCGACGGGACCCCCAAGUAGAGGAGUCAUCUUCUAGCUAACGGUUGACCUGUUUCUGUUUUUAUGUCUUUUUAAGGGAGAACUUUAAGCUUCAUGUUCUGCAGCAAAUCAAAGCGUUUUUGUGCCUUAGAGGAGAAUAAAAGCUGCUGACGAAUGAAAACGCUGUUCAUGAUUCUGUUAGCACGGCGCCGCUCAGCGGGACCAAUCAGCAGUGACCCGGGCGCCGCCGACACCCUCUGUGGUAAAAUGACCCAGAUCCACAUAGGAAUUUAUCUGCUGUAGAGAUUUAGCUUAAAGUUCUGGUGAGAUCUUGUUUCAGACUGUUUGGACCCAACCUGCAUGUUCUGAACCAACCGUCUGACAUCUGCUUUAGCCUGAACCUUUUUUACUUUAAACUCAUUUGUUUUAUUUUCAAUAAAGUCAGUCGGGACGUUUCUGGGUUUCCUGGUCAUUUCUAGAACUUCAGCUGCAGGAGGAAAAUCUGGAUUCACACUGUCGGGUCAAAUCACAUUAAACCCAGAAAAUGUUCCUGGAAUAAAAAAUCAUCUUUAUUUCUGUAAACCUGUUGAUUCACGUAGAGGUUUGAUUUCUGGAAAGUUUUUAUUAGAGAAAAGUCAGAAAAACAAAAUAAAACCUGGAAAAUUC